UGCCACCUGACGCUAACAGCGGCCUCGAACCGGACGGACGGACAGCAGGGGACGGGGCCGCGAGGCGCGGCGGGACUCACCGGGAACAUGGCGGCGGGAACAACAAGCUGCUCGGUACCGUGGCGACGAUAAAUCAGAGGAACGACGCAGUUGGCGGGCUGGAGACGAGGAGCAUCACUUCAACACAGACGCGAUGAGGGGAAACCUGAAGGCAGCAGCCCAUUUCUAAGCAGCAACAACAGCAACACAGCGUGCGGAACUACACACAACAUGGGCUACAAGAUCCCCGGGGCGGCGAUGGACAGAGUCAGUCUGCUGUGGCGUCUGAGGCGUCGGGCUCGCCGUGGAGUUUUCUGCAUGGCCUUCUUCUGCAUCUCCAUGGCUCUGCUCUAUGCCAUCUGUGCUGAAAACAGCGUGCCAGUUACUGAUGCCAUCUUCGGGGUCCGGGCGCGAACCCGGGCCCAGCCUCGCACCCACUCUGUCAUCAAGGUGCUGCGUGGUGGGGCCAAGCCCAUGUAUGUCGACCCCCAGAAGCUCCCAGGUGUCGUCCCAGGUGACCCUCACCGUCCAAUCCCUGUCCUCUCUUCUCCAAACCACACCCAUGAAGCCGGGGAUUCGACGACAAAGCGGAAGCCAAGAGAGCGGGAGCCUUCUGGGUUUUUCGCCCAUCUGCUGCCGCGCCCCUUCACGCGUGCACUAGAGACCCUGUUUGGAGGCCGGCGGAGGGGUGAGCUGAGUGGCAGAGGAGGGGACGCCGAGUUCUUCGGGCCUCAUGGGCUUCUGGGAGAGGUGUGGGAUGAUGAGAUGUCCAGUAACAUGCUGGGAACCAGACUGAGGAAGGUGGUGCAGAAUUACCAGGCGAUGAAUAAGUACGGAGUGGAGUUCUCUGGUCCUGGCGGCGUGUCCAGCAGGCCCAAGCUGAGCGGUCCCAAGCUUCUCUGCCAGCUGAAGGACAAUGUUGAGGUCAGCACUUUGACCCCUGACCUCCAACCCUUUUCAUCUCUGCCCUGGGCCGCUCAGCUGCCCUCGAAGCCAUUGAACUCUGAACUUGGACCGUACAGGACCUGCGCUGUGGUAUCAUCGGCAGGGUCUCUCCGUUAUUCUGGACUUGGCAAAGAAAUAGACUCUCAUGAUGCAGUGCUGCGCUUUAAUGCUGCGCCGACCACCGGCUACGAGAAGGAUGUCGGUUCUAAAACCACAAUCCGCCUCAUCAACUCACAGGUGAUGGCAUCUGAUGACCAUCGCUUCCUGUCCAGCUCUCUGUACAGCUCAGGUGCUCUGGUGGCCUGGGACCCCGCCCCCUUCUCAGCUGACCUCUCUCAGUGGUACAACAGGACAGACUACCCCAUCUUCACCCAGUACCAGAGAUACAGGAGGCUUCAUCCUAUGCAGCCCUUCUACAUCCUGCAUCCUCGCUUCCAGUGGCAGGUCUGGCAAAGGAUACAAGACAACAUGGCUGAGCCCAUCCAGAAGAACCCGCCCUCCUCCGGCCUGCUUGGCACCGUCCUGAUGAUGUCGCUGUGCGAGGUGGUGCACGUGUACGAGUUCCUGCCGUCCCGCAGGAAGACGGAGCUCUGCCAUUACUACCAGCGUUUCUAUGACGCCGCUUGCACGCUGGGCGCCUACCACCCUCUGCUGUACGAGAAGAACCUGGUCAAGAGAAUGAAUCAGGGCUCCAACAGUGAUAUCUACAACCACGGACGUGUUACACUGCCUGGCUUCAACAAGAUGAACUGCACCCAGGCUGCUAGAAGUUCAAACCACUGACUGGGAAAUACAGAAGGAGUGAAGCACAUAAACACACACACACACACAAACAUAAUGCAAACCAGAGCCGUGCAUGAACACACAAACAUGAGGACAGACGCAUGAACACACACUCACUGCCGAAACAAAAGGAACGCUGUGCCACUUAAUAUAAAUAUUACAUGUUGUUACUAUAAGCUGUAAACACCUGACACACACACACACAUAUAUUGUAGUCUAAUCAACUGAUAGAUGUGCCUGCUGUUCACACACACAUAUACUUAUGAGGAUGUUCCACUGAUAAUCUCUGCUCAUCAAACCUCAAACUGGCCCUGAAAGGACCAUACCGUUGUUGUUGUAGGUUUAUCCAGUAAUCUUAAAAAGCGUCCAUACUUUUGACAGAAAAUACAUUAGAAUAGUAUUUUCCAGACCCCUUCCUCGAUGUGCCAUUGCUGGCAGGUAACAGCUUUAUAACAGGCUUCUGAUUGGCCAACGUGGCUCUAGGGUUAGGUCGUGGUCAUAUUAGAUCAGGCAGUGCUGCGAUUCGGCCCAUGGUUAUAAUAGUUUUGGCUUUUUAUUAGUUUUAGUUUAAAUUUCGUUGUGAUUUUUUUAUUUCAAAUUCAGUUAGUUUUAAUUAGUUUUUAGAGUGAGUUUGCUAGUUUAAUUAGUUAGAAAUGCUUAGUUUUAGAUUAGUUUUAUUAGUUUUAGUGUUAGUUUUAGUUUUUAGUAAUGGGGUAUUUGUUGGGUGCGAGAUUCAUAAAAGUCACAAUAAAUGUUGCCUUUAUUUCCUUUGUCUGAUCCAUCUCAGCCCCAAUAAGUUUAUUGAGUCAUAAAACCAGAAAAAUGUUUACGUAUGAAAAAAGUUGACAAAGACGAAAACGAAGAACAUUUUUACUAUAAUUUUAGUUAGUUUUAAUUAGUUUUGUAACCACAAAACAGUUUCAGUUAGUUAUCGUUUUUUUAAGAAACUCUCUUGUUUAUUUCUAUUUCAGUUAACAAAAAUGUUUUUUCAAUUCCAGUUUUCGUUAUUUCGUUAGUUUUCAUUAACUAUAAUAACCUUGGUUUUGAGACAGUGGAGGAGUGUUCCUUAAAUCUAAUCCCCAGUGCAGCACAAGUAAAUUUCAAUCAAAGUUGUUUCUGGCCCCCUUCUCACGGCCACGAGGGCCAGGGAUGUUUACUGUCCUCUGUCACCGACUUGCUGGUGAGACAAUUGGUCAGUGGCGUGUGACGUCAGGCUGCAACAAAGAAGAUAAAACAUUAGGAAUACAACAUGUACACAAUUAGUGUUUUUUUGGACUGAAAAAUGUUAAAAUCAGCGGUAUGGUCCUUUAAUCUAAUUCUUAUCCUUGAACAAACCAAAGUCUUAAACUGACCCCUUGAAGAAUUGAGAACCGGCCAAAUGGACCUCAUUAAUCAAAAGUUACACAAUAACAGCACACUGACCGGCGCAGACAGGACCUUUACCUUUUGUGUACAUACUGUAACAUAUUCUCACUCUUUCACUUUCAUCUGUGACUUUUACUUUGAAGCCAAAUCACAAAAGCUAAUUUCCUUUUGAUUGUUAGUUCACUUAGAGCUUGACUGUCCUGAAAGGAGCUGUGACUUAUUUAGUUUUUCCUUUGUUCGGAGGUUUGGAGUCUUGAUCAGUUUCUGGAUCAGUUUUUCACUGCCGAUACCGCUUCCCCAAACACACAAUCAUACUGAGGACCAAUCAGAUUCAGUGCUGUUACUCAGCUCAGUCAUCAUUCAUUCAUAAAGAUGUACAAUCAUAGGGCACAUGUGUGUGUUGAAUAAUACAGAGAACACAGCUGCUUCACUUUGGUUUCAGAAAUGUUUCCUGUGGCUUGGAUUUUAGUUUUAGGAAUAUUUUACAGCCCUAUUUUCAGGGCCUGAAGAACACUUCUUCAAGCAGCAUGAUAUCUUGACUAACAUCAGCAGUUUCCUACAAAUGUGAUUGUUUUUGUUCUCAGACAUGCUGUGAAAGGAGAAGAAUAGUGAUCGUGCCACACGCAGAAGCCCAAAAAAAUAAAAGAGCAUAAAAGUACAAUUUUGAAGCCAGGGUCUAGGCUGAAAGCUGAAUAAAAAGAAAGCUUGAUUUUAUGCCGUAAUGGUCGGGAGAUAAAAAGGAAACGUAGUUUAAGUUUGAAUGCAGAAGAGAUGUAGCCAUUUUCCUUUUGUUCGGUGGUUUUCUUUGCACUGCAAAAAAGUGUUAAAAAUAAGAUAAAAACACUAAAUCUGAGUGAAAUGAUCUUGCUGCAUGGACAGAUAAUUUCACUUGACAAGAUUUCUUAAAUUAAGAUUGUUAAAUCUAGAAAUAAGCAUGUUGAACGCUUAAAAUAACAUUAACUCUUAAAACAGGAUCAAUUAAAGCUGCAAGCAGCGAUGAACUGGCCCGAGCAGAGUGCACUGCAAAUGAUUUGUUUCUUACUGAGAUUAAAAUAAACUUUAGAUUUAGAAGUGUUCCCUCAGAUUUAGUGUUUUUAUCUUGUUUUUAGACACACCUUUUUUUUUUUGCAGUGUAGCCAUUUUCCUUUUGUUAAGUUGUUUCUUUGUGGACAAGAUCUUUACAAAAAUGACCUGGAAACACUAAUGUGGAUGCUGACUCAAAACCCAGUUGGACUGGUGAUUAGCUCAAAUUAGCUUUUAACCCAUAAGAACCCAGACCCAGUAAUCCUUAAUCAGGGGUCUACCUGGGGGCCGCUGGAGGCAGCAUCAAAAUGACCAAAAAAAAGGACACAAAAUAACUAAAAAAAAACAUCUAAAAUGACAGAAAAAAAAAUUACUUAAAAAAGAAACAAAAUUACUUAAAAAAAAGACACAAAAUUACUAAAAAAAGACACAAAACUAUUUUAAAAAGGCACAAAAUUAAUAUAAAUAAAUCCAUAAUAAAUAAAAACAAAUAACCAUGUGCCUUUUUGUUUGCAUCUCCAUAGCAUAUAUCAAAAUUGUGACUUUAAUUUGUUCAGUUCCCUAUUAACGGAUUAGGAUUGUUAAAUGGGUUUAAAUUUAGCCUCGUAACAAAAAAUAAGUUUUUUGAAAUUAGCUACUUUUUCCAAAUUUCUGUUUCAAGUCACACACAUAUUUUGGAGAAGUCACUUCUUGUCACAGUCACAUGACCACCACACCAGGGUGUUGAGUAUGUGUCACUUAGGAAUUUAAUGAGUUAAUGUGAAGCUAAAGCUGAAUAUGGGAGAUUCUAGAAGAUUUAAAGUGUUUGUUACACCCGUGUCACUGUGGGUUCUUAUGGGUUAAAUGAGAUACAAUGACAGCCUUGUAGUUGUCUGACGGGUCAUGUUAUACUUUGUUUUUGCUGAGCUAAGAAACAGACUGAUACUGAACUCCAUUUGACUCUGGAGAACACAAUAGAACAAGGAUUCCACUGAGUCGAGUGGCCAGUGAGCUGAUAAAUGUCUUUACAAUGACACACACAUGCCUGCACACACACCUCAUGUAAUCUAUUUAUUGACAAGCAUAUUGCCUGCAGACAACUCUUAUCUUAACAGUGAUCCAACAAUCCAGUAAAAAAAAAAAUCUAGUUAAACAGACCAAUUCCGGUUUUGUACCCAUGCCAUCAAACCUGUAACAAGAUGUUCCCAAAUAGUCUUUUAUAAAUCUUAUAUAGUGUAUAUAAUAUAGCGAAAUACCCAGGAGGACAAUCUUAAAUGUGAUCCUGUGGCUCAGCAUGUGAAGCAGAACUGGAGUUUUAUUUCUACAAAUAUUCAUAAAAUUUACUAACAUAGCUUCUAGCUAAAGUAGGUGAACUUCCAACGUCUUGCACGAAGAAAUUUGUGUCUUGUGGGAAAAAAGUUAGUUCUUUCGUUUCGUUUUUUUAAAUUUUGCUUAAAAGUAGUUAUUAGACAAUGCACAUACUCUACUUUUCAUAUGCAUGCAUUGUCAACUGGAUGCAAUUAGGGUCUUAAAGGAAUUAUUUAACAAAAGUAGUUUGUAUUGCCAUUAGUUUUCAUUUAAUCUCACCUCUUUGGAGCCACAAAUCAUUUCACUGGCUGAUCUAAACUUCAGGUUUCUCUUUGCUUAAGUUUCUAGCUUUUGAAAAAAAAAAAAAAGACAGAGUUGAGAGAGGAGAAAGCUAAAACUAAAUCCCAACGGACCUUAGCUAUCAAUUUAGGAUCUUAGGAUAUAAACGUGCAGCAACAAGGUCAACAGAAGGCUGUGAGUGCUUUGAUUAUAAAUAAAUGAUAAAAAUAACUAAUGCGUAUCACUGCACUGACUAGAAUUUAUUCUUAGCUGUUCUUAUUUUCCAACUGUGUCUGAGAAUGUUAAUACAGAACUAAAAAUCCAGUCUGCUCACACGUGUUUUCAGUAUUAUCACAGUAAAGAACGGACUUGAGGGUAUUUUUACUUUAUUUCUAUAAUUAGCAAUGCAUGUAAAAGUUUUCUCAUAGUGUAGCAACAGGAGGAAACACUCUAUAUUUCUGAUGCACAGAGAAAUUAUCCAGAUGGCACGAAUUCUGCUUUUUUUUCCUUAAUUUUUCUUCACUAAACGUAAUGUAACACAUGCAUAUUGUUAUUAGCAUCGUUUCAUGUGAGCCAGCUCAUUAGCAUGCAAACAAAAACAAUGAGCUUGGAUAAGACAAUGUGAGUGUGACGCUCCUUGGAGGAUAGAUGUGUUUUGUGACUAAGGUAUCUGAUUUUUCAUAACUAUCUAAUUUUACGGUGGAAACGAAUUAAUCAAAUACUCCACUUUAAAUCAGGAAAAACUGGUCCAAUAUUAAAAGCUGGAUUAUCAACUGCCCAUCAAUCCCAGUUUUACAACAUAAUAACAUCGAAAUAUUUUGGUAAUUUGAUUAAUUUCUAAGGACUAUGCACCACUCAAGUGUCCUGCAUUGGUUGUUAAAGCUGUACAGACACUGUACAAUGUACAGUCUGUGUUUAACCUUUCUGCAAUGCUAUAUUCUGCAUACUUUCAGUCAGUACGUUUACAUGACACUUGAAAAAAACAAAUUAUUGCCUUAAUCACUAUAACUGGUCAACUGAAGUGCAUGUAAACGUGUUAGUCCGUGUUAAUGUCGGAGUUCUCCAACUCCGAUUAGGACACCUUAGAUAAUGUGAUUGGAAUAGGAUUUUCGCCGGCAUGUAUGACAAGACAACACAUGUGUGCAUGCUCCACCCCCUGCACUGGAGUAUGACCCCGGAACAAAAACAUCCAAGAAAGCCAGGAGCAUUAGCCGGUCACAUUAGCCGGUAGCAUUAGCCGGUCACAUUAGCCGGUCGCAUUAGCCGGUAGCAUUAGCCGGUCGCAUUAGCCGGUAGCAUUAGCCGGUCACAUUAACCGGUAGCAUUAGCCAGUCACAUUAGCUGGUCGCAGAUUAGCCGGUAGCAUUAGCCGGUCACAUUAGCCGACAACAUUAGCCAGUAGCAUUAGCCGACAACAUUAGCCGGUCACACAUUAGCUGGUAGCUUUAGCCUGUCGCAUUAGCCAGUCAGUAGCGACGGCACAAAGUGUCAAACUGAGGUCAAGCGGAAAGGGGGCCGUAUUAACCUGCUGAAACGACGCAUAUCACCACCCAGUGUUGAGGAGGAGGACACGUUCUUGUCAGUUAUUCAGUUUUCUCAGUUGCAUGUAAACUGGGACAAGGACAGAAGUCUGAUUAGACACCAAAAUCGAUUUUUAAGCAUAGCUCGAUUAAACUGUGCAUGUAAACACACUGACUGAACGUAAACACAUAAAGGAGUUGACAAAAAAACAGAAAGGCACCAUUUCUUUGAGUGACUCUACUUUGAACAAAAAGCAAGAACUUUAAGAGCACUCAUAGAGCCCCAUCUCAAUGUAAACAAAAGAUCAGAAUAAUUAAUGUAUCCAUCCCGUGUUUCAGAUCCAAUUCUAACUUUAUUGGGUUCUUCCUUGGCUCUAAUCACGUUUCAUGAAAAUCAGGCCAAUAGAUUUUUGGUAAUCCUGCUGAAGAAACGACCAACAAUCAAACUGGAACAUUUUGAACCGCAGAUAGCGUACACUGGGGCGAUACUGAUUACAGCAACAUUUAAAAUACUAUUUGGUGAUUUAGAAAUGUCAUUUCAAAUGGCUCUAGUGAUAUACACAAUAUUUUGGGGGGACAAGACAUUUCUUAUAAAUUAUAUUGUGCUCAGAAUGUUUUCUGAGUACUUUCUUGCUUCAAGACGAUUUGACUAGUCAGGGAAAUCAUUCUAAAAUAUAUUGGGGAUGAUGUGUUUGACCCAGAUUUAGAUACUGUUUAUUUAUGGAUACUCAUGUACAUAAAUCAUACUUUUACACCUUCACUAUUUAACUUUGUAUUGAGCUCACAUGGUGAAUACUCCUAGAUAAAGAUGAAUUUAAUCAAAUUAUCAUAACCCUGGGACCAUGUAGUGUUAAUCCAGCAUGAGUACUGUCUGGUUGGUUUACCAUAUUGGGCCAAAUAUAAGAAGACCACAGAAAAAAAAUGCUGUCUUAUAUUUGGGUCAGUAUGGCCAAUGUUAUUAAUUUCACCUCAGUCUGAUGCUGAAUGAAGCAAGAAACAAAGUGACUUUGUUGUUGUUUUGCUUAUCAUUUCAGUUUAAUGUUUUUACCAGAACUUCAUUUUUUAUUCAGGAGGAAACACUUGAAUAAUUGAUGUCAUUGCAUUUCAGAAGAAAACAAGGAGAACAUUUUAUCCCUAUGCACUCUGAUCCCAACUCCUGAUCAUUUCAUUUAUGUGUAAAAACUUGACAUUUUUAUGACAUUAUUUAAGAUUACAGAUCUUCUUUGCCUUCAUCAUUGAACUAUGAUAUCUUGUAGUUGUACUUACCAUGUCCUUACUAUUUUUCUCCUGGAGAACUGGAUUCUUGAUGUGCGAAUAAAAAUGAAAAUGCUGCCCCA